GAGGGGGGGGGGGGGGGGGGGGAGAGGGAGAGAGAGAGGGAAGGAGGCUGCAGACUUUCCGGCAGAGAGGAAGAGGAGAGGAGGAAGAAGAGACAGAGGCGGCGGACUCUCCAUCUUCGCCAUCCCAAUCAUGACUCUGGAAGACGUCCUCUGAAACUGCGCUCGGUGCAAAGACUCUUCAGCUACGGGACGGUGCCACACUGAGCUCUGACCAGAUGGAGGUGAAUGCGGCUAGAAAACGCCAUCGCACACGAUCCAAAGGAGUCCGAGCCGCCGUGGAAGCAGCGACUCAGGAGUUGUUCAGCUGUCCCACUCCGGGCUGCGAUGGCGGCGGCCACGUCAGCGGAAGUUACCCAGAAUCAUCUCCUGUCGGAGAGCAGGAGGAGCAGAGACGGUUACUGAUGGUGUUUUGUGACCUCUCGUCUCUCUGCAGCGUCUACGGCUGCCCGCUGGCCAAGAAGAGGAAAGCUCUGGAGAAACAACCGCUGGAGCCGGCUGCCAAGAGGAGGCCCUUCCUCACGCCCUGCAACGGGGGGGAGGAGGACGCCGGCGCCUACGCCCGGUACCAGAACCGAGCCCUCGCGGAAGGGAAGGAGCAGGGUGAGGUAGUGGAGGAGGACGAGGAGGAAGAGGAGGCGGAGAGAGAAGGAGAUGAAGACGUGGAGGACGAGUUCUCGGAGGACAACGAGGAGCAGGAGGAAGAGGAGGAGGAUGAAGAGGAGGAGGUAGAGGUGGGGAGAGCGGGUGCGACAAUGGGAGGAGAGCGGGCGGAGGAAGAAGAGGAGGAGGAGGAAGAGGAGGAGGGGAUGUACGAGGAGGAGGAAGAAGUGGAGGAUGGUGAUGAUGAGGAGGAUGAGGCAGAGGAAGACGAGGAGGAGGAUGAGGAGGAGCCACGUCGUCAGCAUGAGAACCACUACAAACCCGCGGGACAAUCAAAGCUGCUUCUCAUUCAGAAGGACGACAACAACAACCACAGCUGCACCAUCGGCGCCGGCAACGCCCCCGGGGAGGAUUACGAGAACUACGACGAGCUGGUCGCCAAGUCGCUGCUCAACCUGGGGAAGAUCGCGGAAGACGCCGCCUACCAGGCCCUGACCGAGUCCGAGAUGAACAGCAACUCCUCCAACAGCGGCGGGGAGGACGAGGACGACGAGGAGUACGACGCCGGCGGCCGCGGCGGCCGCAAGGGCGAGCUGAGCGUGGACUUGGACAGCGACGUGGUCCGGGAGACGGUGGACUCCCUCAAGCUGCUGGCGCAGGGACACGGAGCCAUGCUGCCCGAGGACGGCUACCCGGACGGCGGCAUGCUGGGCGACGCGGGCCACCACGCCAACGGGAGGCCCGGCGUCGGGGUGAGGGUUCAGGCGGACGAGAGCGAGGAGGAGGUGUGCCUCAGCAGCCUGGAGUGUCUGAGGAACCAGUGCUUCGAUCUGGCCCGGAAGCUGAGCGAGACGCAGGCGUGCGACCGCCCGGCCCUCCACGCGCUGCACCACCAGCUCCAGAUGCCGGCGGACCACCAGGUGGUGCAUCACCUGAACAGGUACGACAGCUGCCAGCAGAGCGCCCAGGAGGAGCACCGGUCCCUGGAGCGCAGCUACUCCGACAUGGUGAACCUGAUGAAGCUGGAGGAGCAGCUGAGCCCGGGGUCCAGAGGGUAUCCGACCAGCUGCAGCCAGGAGGGCGACGAGGACACCACGUCGGUGGCCUCCGACCGCUCGGACGAGACCUUCGACAUGGCCAAGGGAAACCUGUCGCUGCUGGAGAAGGCCAUCGCCCUGGAGUCGGAGAGGGCGAAGGUCAUGAGGGACCGCAUCGCCUCGGAGCACUCGCUGCCCCGUCGGGACCACCACCACCACCACCACCACCGAGGCCACGGCGAGCACAGCUCGCGGCUGAGCUGCGCCGGAGAGGAGCGCAAGUCCAGGAUGCACCACGACGGGUUGAAGAGGGCGUUCUACCCGAAAGACUCUUCCCGAGGGGACAAGAAGGAGAGCAAGUGUCCGACGCCGGGCUGCGACGGCACCGGCCACGUGACGGGUCUCUACCCGCACCACCGCAGCCUGUCCGGGUGUCCCCACAAAGACCGGGUCCCUCCUGAGAUCCUUGCCAUGUAUGAGAAUGUUUUAAAGUGCCCCACUCCCGGCUGCUCUGGACGGGGUCAUGUCAAUAGCAACCGGAACUCGCACCGCAGUCUGUCCGGCUGCCCCAUCGCUGCAGCAGACAAGAUGUCGAAGGUCCACGAGAAAAGCAUCCCGACUGAGAGCGGCAGUAAGACCAAUCAGACGUCAGACCGCGUGCUCAGGCCGAUGUGCUUCGUCAAGCAGCUGGAGAUCCCUCAGUACGGCUACAAGAACAACGUCCCCACCAGCACGCCGCGCUCCAACCUGGCCAAAGAGCUGGAGAAAUACUCCAAGACCAGCUACGACUACGGCGGCUACGACGGGCAGCACGGCGGCGGCUACGGGAAGCGAGGCCUCGCCACCAAGCUCCCCCACGGCCGGGACACCUCCCCCAAAGGAUACGACGCUAAGCGCUACUGUAAGACGUCGAGCCCGGCCAGCAGUACGACCAGCAGCUACGCCCCCAGCAGCAGCAGCAGCCUGAGCUGUGGAGGAGGCGGCGCUGGAGGAGGAGGUGGAGGAGGAGGAGGAGGAGGAAGCAGCGCCAGCAGCACCUGCAGUAAGAGCAGCUUCGACUACACCCACGACAUGGAGGCGGCCCACAUGGCGGCCACGGCCAUCCUCAACCUGUCGACGCGGUGCAGGGAGCUCCCCCACGCGCUGGGGGGGAAACCCCAAGACCUGCUGACUCAGAGCCCCGUGGGCGACCUGGAGGACGGGGGGCCGCUGGACGUGGGGGGCCAGCCCGGCGGGCCGGAGGGCAGCGGGACGGUGCUGACCCCCCUGCAGCCGAUGUCCCCCCAGCGCCAGGCGCUGCUCAGCAGCCGCUGCUACCAGCUGAGCGAGGCCGACUGCUGGGACCUGCCUGUGGACUACACCAAGAUCAAACGCCUGGGGGGCGAGGAGGAGCACAAGGAGUCUGCGUACUUCUCGUCCCUGCACCAGGCCGACCAGCUGGACCCCUUCCAGGAGCUGCUGGAGGAGCAGCGCUACCCGGCCGAGGCCCCCGUGCACAGCCCCAAGCACCACAAGUACCCGGCCUGCAAGGAGGGCAAGAAGGAGCUCCUCACGCUGUCCAGCUGCCAGCUGGCCGACAAGAACAUCCGCGGGAUCAUGACGACCAACUCUCAGGACCUCAGGUGUCCGACCCCCGGCUGCGACGGAUCUGGACACAUCACGGGAAACUACGCCUCCCACAGGAGUCUGUCCGGCUGUCCCCGAGCCAAGAAGAGCGGCAUCAAGAUCCUCCACAGCAAAGAGGACAAGGACGACCAGGAGCCAAUCAAGUGUCCGGUGCCGGGCUGUGACGGACAGGGUCACGUGACGGGGAAGUACGCCUCCCACCGCAGCGCGUCGGGCUGCCCCCUGGCGGCGAAGCGGCAGAAGGACAACUACGUCAACGGCUCGCAGUUCGUCUGGAAGUCCGGCAAGACGGACGGAAUGAGCUGCCCGACGCCGGGCUGCGACGGCUCGGGACACGUCAGCGGGAGCUUCCUGACCCACCGGAGCCUCUCCGGGUGUCCCCGGGCCACCUCGGCCAUGAAGAAGGCCAGGAUGAGUGGCGUGGAAAUGCUGACAAUCAAGCAGAGGGCGAGCAAAGGCAUCGAAAACGAUGAAGAAAUCAAACAGCUGGACGAGGAAAUCAAAGAUCUGAACGAGUCCAACACUCAAGUGGAGUCCGACAUGAUCAAACUGAGGACACAAAUCACCACCAUGGAGACCAACCUGAAGUCCAUUGAGGAGGAGAACAAGGUGAUCGAGCAGCAGAACGACUCGCUGCUGCACGAGCUGGCGAACCUCAGCCAGUCGCUCAUCAACAGCUUGGCCAACAUCCAGCUUCCACACAUGGAGCCGAUGAAUGAACAGAACUUUGACACGUAUGUGAGUACGCUGACCGACAUGUACACCCACCAGGACCAGUACCAGAGCCCGGAGAACAAGGCGCUGCUGGAGAACAUCAAACAGGCCGUUCAGGGGAUCCAGGUUUAGAACCGAUGCAGAGCAAAAACAACGGGGAAAAAAAAGGUCAAAAAGGAGGAACGGGUUGUUUUUUGCUGCUGCGAUCGGCCGUCGUUCGUUUAAUUCUUCUGCUGUUAUGCUCUCGACUCCAUUGGUAUCUCUUUUUUAAAUUAUUUUCAUUGUCGUUGCCUUGCUUUCAAAAACAAUUACCGACGUUUUAAACGAACAUUCACGUUUUGUACAUUUUCAUAUGACCUAAAAUAAUGUGAUGUACUGUUUAUAGCUGCUGAUGCACAUUCCAGUGUAAUGUAUGUAUUUAUUUAUUGUGAGCUUGAAUCAUUACCUGAUUAAACUGGGAUUAAACUUGGAGCUGUGGGGGGGGGGGGGGGGGACCGGAAGAGCGAUCAUUCAACAAAGCUUUUCUCACCAGCUGCAGAGACGCAGGCGGUUUCAUUAAGUCAUUGGUUCAUCUUGGAAGCGGACUCUCAAACGUCACCACACGGAAACAAAACGUCCCGUCGUUUGUUCCUCCCUGUCCUGUUCCUGUCACUCUUCUUCGUUGGUGCGAAAAAAGACGAACGGCCACAGAAAAAAACGUGGGAGACAAUCUGCCAUUCCCCGUUUCUUUUAAUCAUCGACCUUGAAGCGUAGCUAUUAGGACAACGUGUCAGCAAUAUUGGUAUGAUAAUCUUAAAUCCUUUUGUUUGGAUAUGGGAUGCAAUCUACGUGGAGAAAAACAACGUUUGGGUAUAUGCAAUUUCUUAUGAAUAAAACUAGCAGAGAGCGGAUAGAUCUUUUUACUAAAUAUAAAUGUAUUGCGUUUUGUACAAACCUUUUACUACAAUCACGUUCUAGGAGUGAAAGGCCUUCGGUUGCGUCAUGUUGGACACCUUGGUUUCCAUGUUUUGAUGUUUUUCCCGUUGAGACGCACCUGGGGGGCGAAAGGCUUCGUAGAUGCGAUUUCUUUCUUUCUUUCUGAAAAGGCCGACGGCUCCGCUGGAACUUACAGGGUCAAACGUCCCCCAUCCGUCAUUGUAUAUUGCACUCGUUCUGUAGAAAAACGUCUUUCCAAUCACGCGCCCCGGCGGGACGCGGGCGCCACGGUGACCAAGCAGCACUUUUUUCUUUAACGGUCGUUGAUUGUUGGUCUAAAAAAAAAAAAGAGGAGUUAAAAAGGUGAGGCACUGAACUGAGCGAGUGGUUCGCAGUGCUGGUGGAACGCCGUCGAUCAUGCAUGCACUUUAUGGGAGUAUGUCAAAGUAUUAUCACGUGCUAAACGAAGCGUGUACAGCGAGUUUGUGGAGACGGAGACCUGUUCACUGUUUGAAGGAAGACUCCCCCGCGCGGCCCCCUCAGUUCUGCCCCACCGAAGCCUCCAUUAUAACAGGAAAACAGCAACUCCCAAGGUGCAUUGCAAGGAGAUGCAACCAAUCAGACUAAAAUUUGUCGUUAACGAUGGGUGGAGACUAGAGAUUAUUCUUUUAAUUCGGGGGCAAUAGUGUAUGAAUUGGGUAAUAUAUAUAUAUGUACACAUGUAUUCUAAAUGACUGUGAAAACAUUUGAUCCCUUUCUUCAUUUAUUUGAUCCUGGAAUUGAAGACACAGCCCCAGACUGUGAAUCAGGAGUCACACACGUUCUCUCACUUUGUAGUGUGUCUGAAGUAUUUUUGUAAUUCUAAAAAGACAUUUAAGGGGAAAAAUCAAGAGUUCUCAAUCUUUAACUUCCUAGCAUGUAAGUGGUGACUGUUUCUGGAACAUUUCUCUGCUCAGUCCAGUUUGAACAGUUGGAAACAUUCAGCGGGGGGAGUUUUCCUUCAAAGAUGCCUCUUCUUUGGACUCAUUCUUCACAUCUCCGUCCAAAGCUUCGUGUCUGCAGCUUCCUGCCAGUAAACUACUGCAUUAGAUAGACUGACAGCUUGUAUUUUUAUUGAGUCAGUUAUUCUAACUGAUAACAAAGGAAAUGGGAGUUAAAGCACAAUUCUGCCACUUAAAGACAGUCAAUAGACUAGAUGAUGUAAUAUCAGAUGUAAAAGCUAAACUGUAACUAUUUACAUAGAGAAUUUCAACACUAACAUGUGACAUGCUAGAAUGCAAAAAGAAACCCAUAUGAAUAUUUGUGAAGUCAUACGUUUAUGAAAAUGUUUGUUUGUUUUCAGCGGUGCAUUGAUGAGGGGUUUUUAUACAACAUUCAUUUCCUCUCUUUUUACCCCUUUUUUUCUGUGCUACUCGCUACCUUUCAACAGCAGUUUUCUGAUCACAUGGCAUGGGUUUUUGUUGAUAUUUUACCUGUAUGUUUAAGGUCACGAGAUACGCAACGUGAUAUUUUAAGUUGACUUGUGAAGUUUGUACAAUUUUUAUCAUGCUGGUGUUGGCAUCUCUUGCUCUGAAUAAAUCUUGUGUUGCGACACUGA